CCGGGAUUGGCCAGCGGGCUCGGUGGCGAGGGCUGAGGCGGCAGAGCGGCCGGGGCGGUGCGGCAGAGUUGCGGAGCGCGGUGUUAGGGGUUCGUCGCCAUGUCUGAGGCCGCGUUCCAGAAGGCAGCUGAGGAGGUGAAGCAGCUCAAGUCGCAGCCUACGGACCAGGAGAUGCUCGACGUGUACAGCCAUUACAAGCAGGCCACGGUGGGCGACGUGAACACGGAUCGCCCUGGUAUGCUUGACUUCAAAGGCAAAGCAAAGUGGGAUGCCUGGAAUGCGUUGAAAGGAAUGUCCAAAGAAGAUGCAAUGAAAGCUUAUGUAGCAAAAGUGGAAGAGCUAAAGGGCAAAUAUGGUAUCUGAGGACUGGAUAGAGCAUCUGUUUGCACAUCUGAAACAUGCCUUAUUUCUAAUACUGUGGAAAACUAUGAUUUAUGAUGCUGAUGGUUUUAAAUAUGAAGUAUACUGUAGCCUGUUCUUGUGAUGAUUGUAGUUCAGGGGGAGGUCACAUACCUGUGUAAUGUACUGACACCAUUUGAAUUUUGAGAACAAAACAAUCUGGAACUCAUUAAAGUGCAUUUGAUACUUUA